GAAUCCCAAGUCUUUCGGGCUGCUGUCAUCGCUCUUUGUUGCAUUGUUUUCUUCUUGCUCAUUGUGAUUGGUGCGCUAAUAUGGCGGUUGAGACGAACUGAGCUUAAUAAAAAAGCAACCACAGUAAACAGUGGUAUCUCCGCCCCAUCUGGUGGUCAUCAAGCGUCAGAGCCUGGUGUUUAUAUGGAACUCCACCCUAGGCCUUCGGAAGGGAAGUCACGUGAACCUCCUGAGUACCAGUCAUUGCAGGACACUCAAGUGACUUCCAAUUAUUACAAUGUGGGAUUCAAGAAAGAAAGGUCAGGGAAGAAAGACGGCGGAAUCUACGAGAAUUCGCACAGUUGA